CUUCCACGGAUUGGUGAUAUUUACCUACUCGCAACAACACCAACAGUACCAUCUUCAUCAUCCGUUUUAUAUACUUCGACUCGCAUUCACGACAUAACUAAGUCUUAAUUUAAUAAACUUUACCCAAAGCAAAAUGUACGCCAUCCUUACCACCGUUCUCGCUUUCGCUGGCGCUGCCGUCGCCACCCCGGUUUUAGAAGACCGUCAAACACACGAGUUCAGCCUUCGCACCACGGGCAAGCUUGCAGGAUGGGCUCUUAAGAACGCUCAUGUCGCAGCCGGCCAAAAUGUGAUCCAGAUCCAACGGCCUUCGGUUUACAGCUCGGACCCUUCCUACUUGAACGGAACCAACCUGUACUUCGAUCUUGGAACUACCCCCCCUUACGGCGUUCGCAUCCCCGAACUGCAGCCCGGUACCAUCGGGCAGGUCUCCUCUGAGCCCGGCGAGAAGACUCCUGGUUUCAGCGUUGGACCUGAUUCACUUCUCACAUUCAAAUCCUCUUCCGACGGUUUCUGGGCAUGCCCCGUGAAGGACGUGUUCGAGCUUUACUACGGCGUUAACCCUGACCCGGCUAAGCUUCCGAGCAAGGACUGCCUCGAGAUUAAGUUGGCAGUUGGUGCCAUUUAAAUGGCAACGAUGAAAUCACGGAUUUAUAUUCAGCUGUCGUUGAUUUGAAGUAGAUAUGCCGCAGGGAAGUAGUUCGUAUAAGCUUCUUGUUUGGAUUGUGAAGAAUCCACCAUUUAUAUAGAAAUUAGACAUAGACAUUUAUAAGCCA